UGCCUCAUUGCUUAACAGACUUUAGAUCAAAUUAAACUUAGAAUGUGGAAUGGAAUUGAGUAACCGAUAUGGGAUUUAGCUUCUUAAUAAUCUCCAUUUUUUAAAGCAACACAGAUUGCUUUUCGGAGACAUGUUUUUCUACUACCCAUUCUCAUCGACGUGUACCACUGCCGAAACUGCAUUUAUUGCUAUAAAUUUGCUUAAAAUCUCAAUUCUAAAGCAUUCUAGCUUCAAUGUUCGGUUUCAAAAUGAAAAGAUUGUUCACACUUGCAUUAUUGCCUUUAUCUGCUACAUUGUUCAAUGCAGUAUCAUUUUGUAAUGCUGAAUUUAUCAUCAAUAACAAAACAGUCGUCUCUUUAGGAGGGCCAGGCAUUAGAACGGUGCAAGAUAGGUAUAACCAAGAUGGUGAUUGGAACAGAACGUACAGUCCAUUUGAGCCACAACAAGUUCACGCUUCAUGGCUUUCAGAUGGUAAAGCUUUCCGAGUCCAAUUCUCAACCAUGGCGCCAGUUAAAAAGGCAAAGCUGGACAUUUGUUGAUGGAGGCGAAGCGCAACAUACUCAAUAUAUGCACACACUUAGCACUGAAACAUUGAAGCCCGCAACAAUUUAUAGCUAUAGAAUCAUAACUAUCGGUGAUGACGGUGAGUCGUCCGAAGGAACAGACAACUCUUUCGAAUCGAAAGUGUUUGAACUGCAUACACCUGCGAAAUCUUCCAAAGGCUCAUCCUCUUUCAAAUUUAUUGCAACUGGUGAUAUUGGUGUCAAUAAUGCCGUUUCAAUGCCACUUUUCAAGCAGUUUGUAACCAGCCAUGAGUACGAUUUUGUUGCUUUUGUAGGUGAUCAGGGUUACAAUUUAGACGAUUUUAAUGGUACCAAAGGUGACGAGUACAUGAAGUUUGCAGAGGAACUCUAUGCCAACCUUCCUAUAUUGACGACUACGGGUAACCAUGAACAGGCUUACAAUUUCUCACAUUAUAAGAAUAGGUUUGACUUGAUGCCCUAUCGCGAAUCUGGUUUUGAUAAUGCCUUGCAAUACUCUAUCAAUUACAAGAAUCUACAUCUGGUUUCCUUCGACACGGAAGUAUUUUUCGAAGGGUCGGAGGAAGAAGUGCUUACUGCUCUACAUUGGUUAGAGGAAGAUUUAAUUGAAGCAAAUAAGCGUCGCUCGAAAGUCCCUUGGAUUAUUGUAUUUGGCCAUCGUCCUUUGUAUUGUUCCGUAAUGUCGAGUAGUGAUUGUGUCGAAAAAGCUGAGAAGUUACGAUUCGGCGAGCCAGUGGAUAAAAACUAUGGAUUGGAGACUCUUUUAUCAAGAUACAAAGUUGAUCUAUAUCUUUGCGGUCAUAAGCAUAAUUAUGAAAGAUCUUACCCUGUCCUUAACAAUACACUCGUAACGACUUCGUAUCAUAACCCACCCUCUUUCUUUCAAGUCAUAACUGGCAACGGAGGGAAUUAUGAGGGCUGUGACAAAUUUGAUGAUAUGACAAAUACAGCAGCGAUACCUAAAUGGCUGGGCAACCAUUAUGAAGGAUAUGGAUUCACGACGGUCGAAGUCUCGCGUAAUCGUUUAGAUUUACAUCACUAUGAGGUGCAGGAAGAUGGUACUUUAGGCGACUUGCGCGAUCAGGUUCGCGUACAUAAGACGAAAGGACACGUGAAAAAGCAAGCAAAGCUUGCUGCUGAAGCUGCCUAAAGGACAAGGAAAAGCUCAAUUGUAUUUUUAAUCAGACAUACAACGGAAGUUGAAAUAAAAUU